CGCGUGGGCGGCGGGCGGAGCGCGAGCUCCCGGGGGAAGCGCGCCCCCGCGUCUGUCGCUGAGCGCGACUCGGAGCGCGGACACCACCUUUGCGCGCCUCCCGACUCCUGGACGCACCGGCGUGACGUCUCCGCUCCGUGGAGGAGGCGGGCUUUGAGGCCUGCGGGUCGGUGAUCUGCGCCCGGACAGCCUUCCCCAGCCCCCACCGCGUUUGAGGCGUCGGCAGCGGGGCGCAGGGCAAGAGGAGGGGUGGGCUGCGCGGCUGUCUUGUUUGUGCUCGGGGCCAGAGCCUGGCCGUCGGGAGGCUCGCUUAGUCCAGACCCAGAGUCCCCCUUUCCCGGGCCUCCUCCGUAAAAGGAUAACUUCCUAGGCCCCAGCUCUCAGGACCUCAUGGAUCGCAGAGAGACCAAGAGAAGAGCGGAGGAGGCAGAUGUAGCCGAGCCUCGGAACAAACUCGCGCGCCCGGCACUCUCGCUGCCCACAGACCCUGCCCUCUACUCUGGCCCCUUUCCUUUCUACCGGCGCCCUUCCGAGCUGGGCUGCUUCUCCCUGGAUGCACAACGCCAGUACCACGGGGAUGCUCACGCCUUGCGCUACUACAGCCCACCCCCUACCUAUGGCCAAGGCCCCAAAUUUGACCUCAGAGAUGGAUACCCUGAUCGAUACCAGCCCAGGGAUGAGGAGGUCCGAGAAGGGCUGGACCACCUGCUUCGCUGGCUCCUGGAUCACCGAGGCCAGCUGGAGGGGGGUCCAGGCUGGCUAGCAGGGGCCAUAGUGACAUGGCGGGGGCACCUGACAAAAUUGCUGACGACACCGUAUGAGCAGCAGGAAGGCUGGCAGCUGGCAGCUUCCCGCUUCCAGGGGACACUAUAUCUGAGUGAGGUAGAGACACCAGCAGCUCGGGCCCAGAGGCUCGCCCGGCCACCCCUCCUCCGGGAGCUCAUGUACAUGGGGUACAAGUUUGAGCAGUACAUGUGUGCAGACAAACCUGAAAGCUCCCCAGACCCGUCUGGGGAUGUUAACACCAAUGUGGCCUUCUGCUCUGUGCUACGAAGCCGCCUGGGAAACCACCCUCUGCUCUUCUCAGGGGAGGUAGACUGCACAGACCCCCAGGCCCCAUCCACACAGCCCCCCACCUGCUAUGUGGAGCUCAAGACCGCGAAAGAGAUGCACAGGCCUGGCCACUGGAGGAGCUUCUACAGACAUAAGCUCCUAAAAUGGUGGGCUCAGUCAUUCCUUCUGGGGGUCCCAAAUGUCGUUGCUGGCUUCCGUAACCCAGAAGGUUUCAUCUGUUCCCUCAAGACCUUUCCUACCAUGGAAAUGUUCGAGUAUGUCAGGAAUGACCGUGAUGGCUGGAAUCCCUCCGUGUGCAUGAACUUCUGUGCUGCCUUCCUUAGCUUUGCCCAGAACACAGUUGUCCAGGAUGACCCCAGGCUUGUCCAUCUCUUCUCCUGGGAGCCUGGCAGCCCAGUCACGGUGUCUAAACAUCAAGAUGCACCCUAUGCCUUCCUGCCCACGUGGUAUGUGGAAGCCAUGACCCAGGACCUCCCAUCACCCCCCAAGACACCUUCCCCCAAGGACUGAAACUUCAAAGGGGCUGGUCCUGUCUCCAUGUGCACAGAUAAAAGCAUAUUUCUAGGUGGUU